AUGGUUCGUCUCUUUGAUUUCAAAUCAGACAAGCACUUCGUUGCUUCCUCUGACAAAACUACCCUCAAAGUCUACGAGUUGAGCAACCCUAGCAUUUACCCUUCUUACAUCCGAAAGGCUCACUGGAAAGAAGUCGGCAACAUCAUUCCCCGUGAUCACGAUGACAGUGAUGAAGGAACGAAUGAGUCAUUAUCCUACGACGGGCUGAUGUUCUUCGACGGCCAGGCAGAGAUCAAGGGAAGGGAGGCCCAGACCAAGCUGGCCCAGCACCUCGCUCGGCUGCGACUGAUGGUGAGCCCACAAGGGCACUGUUUCCAGGAUGUCACCGAACUGGGGGAACACAAAGACUUUGGAAUUCACUAUCUCCGACUGAACGAUCGUUUCAACUGGCCCUUUCACGGGGUCAGCAUGGCGGGCCUCACCACGUGGCCACGCUGCCUGUUGAAAUACACCAUGCCGAGUAGGGAGAAGCAGCAUGCCACGACGGCGACGACAGGAGGGGUGAGCAAGGAGAAGUACGAGGAGUUGAAGAGAACGGUGAAAAAGAAGGAGGAGGACAUGGAGAAACUGAGGGAGGAGAUGGAGGAACAGGACGAGGAGCUUCAGAAGCUGAAGGAGGAGAUGGAGGGGGCGAGCGAAAAGCACGAGGCGGAGCUACGAGAGCUGGAGACGAAGAAGGACGAGGAGCUGCGAAGGCUGACGAAGAAAAAGAACGACGAACUCGAUAUGCUGAGGAAAGAGAAGGCCGAACACGACGAGCUGGAGCAGCAACGUCGCAAGCAAUCGUGGGCGAUAACAGCCACGACACGAUACUUUUCGAACGACACGAUUCUCAAGAGCAGAAGGCAGCCGGUGCCGCUGGAUACGUGGACGGGUCUUCUGAGGCGCACGCCAUAUUUCUCCCAUUGGGAUACUACUUUCAAGUACGAGCCGUACGCCAUUGGCGCCUCCACGUGGUUCCCGACGACAAUGGUGCAACUGGUGGAUGAGGAGCCUAGAGAUUGGAAGCCUCCGCCUAAGAUUUAUCUCUUCUCUUCGGGCUUCGGGGCAUUCGAUACGCAGAACUGGUGGUUCGUGAAGACGACCCACCCGGACGGCGGCGUGACGAUGAUUGCUUACUAUGACGGCAACCGCACCUGGUUCGAUGGGCUCGGGUACCCUACCCCGCUUCCUGUUGCUAGGACACAUCGUUUUGAUACCAACACGCCAUUCUUCUUUGUUUAUGUGGUUGACAGAUACAAGCUUGCGUUCAUGUACCGAGACUAG